UCCACCGAGUUUGCCCCGGUGCGCGGGGAAGUUUCCCGCGAAGCUCCGCUCCCGGAAAAGGGGGACCAGCCGGCGGCGGCUCUCGAGGUGGCUUCAUGGAAGGAGCGCUUCCUAGAACAAGAAAGGAUCAAAGCUUUCCAGAAAAACAAAUCAUGAGGUCUUCAGAAAUGAGGAGAAGGGCAGCCAUCUGAAAUGGUCAUGAACCCCAAACAAGUCUUCCUCUCGGUGCUCAUAUUUGGGGUAGCGGGACUGCUCCUCUUCAUGUAUUUGCAAGUCUGGAUUGAAGAACAGCACACAGGGAGAGUGGAGAAGAAAAGAGAACAAAAAGCAACUUCAGUGACUAGAGAAAAAAUCCAGGAACAUAUCACCAACCAGAACUCCAAGUUCCAUAUAACUGAGGGUCCCAAGGGGAAAAAGGAAAAUCUGCUCAACUCUGAGAGGCCAACUAGGAUCUUAAGGAAGACCAGCCACCCACAAGGAGAGGAUGGGGCUUUAGGUAAGACCACGGGGCCACCAACAAUUAAGCUGAGUGAAAAACAUGAAGGAAGUAGGACUGUUUUUAAGAAGUUCAACGAGAUGAAGUGGCCUUUGGACAUCCGCCCUUUAAACAAAAGUUUAGUCAAAGACAACAAAUGGAAGGAAACAGAGGUGGCCCAGGAGACACGCAGAUCUUUCCUUCAGGAGUUUUGCAAGAAAUAUGGUGGGGUGAGUCGUCCUCAGUCACAUCUCUUUCAUAUGGUAUCCAGGAUCUAUGUGGAAGAUAAACACAAAAUCUUAUAUUGUGAGGUACCCAAGGCUGGCUGCUCCAACUGGAAGAGAAUUCUGAUGGUACUGAGUGGGUUGGCUUCAUCUGCAUACAACAUCUCCCAUGAUGCUGUUCACUACGGGAAGCAUUUGAAAAAACUAGAUAGCUUCGACUUAAAAGGGAUAUACACUCGUCUGAACACCUACACCAAGGCUGUUUUUGUUCGUGAUCCCAUGGAAAGGUUAGUGUCAGCAUUCAGGGACAAAUUUGAACACCCCAAUAGCUAUUACCAUCCGGUAUUUGGGAAAGCGAUUAUAAAGAAAUAUCGGCCAAAUGCCUGUGAAGAAGCAUUAAAUAAUGGAUCUGGAGUCAAAUUCAAAGAGUUCGUGCACUAUUUGCUGGAUUCCCGCCGUCCUGUAGGAAUGGACAUUCACUGGGAGAAGGUCAGCAAACUCUGCUAUCCAUGUUUGAUCAACUAUGAUUUUGUAGGGAAAUUCGAAACUUUGGAAGAAGAUGCCAAUUACUUUUUACAGCUCGUGGGUGCGCCAAAAGAGCUGAAAUUUCCAAACUUUAAGGAUAGGCACUCUUCUGAUGAAAGAACCAAUGCUCAGGUCGUGAGACAAUAUUUAAAGGAUCUGACUAGAACUGAGAGACAAUUAAUCUAUGACUUUUAUUACCUGGACUAUUUGAUGUUUAAUUAUACGACUCCAUUUUUGUAGUUUGCAUUCAUUUUCUAAAACCCUGUAUUUACUCUAUGAUGAUGGCCUCCAAUCAGCUAACUGUAAUUUUCCUACCAUUCUCUGUAAGAGAGAGAAUUUAACUAAGUGCAGUUGUCUCAAUUUAAUGAAGAUUUUUCCCAGAUAGUCUGACACCAAUUGGCAAAAAGUUAUAGGAAAAUUACCUUACAGAGACGUGUAAACAACUUGAGUUGCUCUCAAAUGUUUGGGAAAUAGCUGCUUUUGCAUUAUGGAUUAUAUUAUAGAAGCAAUAACCUAGCCAGCUGCUGCAUUAGCUUCAACAGCCUCUUGCAAUGAUAGGAAAAGGGAUCUAAAAUAGCAUGAGUAUAUGUCUACAUCCUAGAAUUUGAUGUCUAAAGUGCAUGGAUGUAUUUUUAGCGGUCUGUGACAUACUACCUACACACUGGAGAGUUUCCUUACACCCCGGAAAUCUUCUUAUCAACUGUGAUGAUAAAUCAAUUUUGAAAUAAUAUUUUGGACCUAGCAUUUCACUUUAGAUUGGAAGGUGUAUGUGAUUUACAAUAUGAGGAUAUAGCAGAAAAAACAGAUGAGGCUAUGGCUUUUUAUAUUCAACAGCCAACAAAAGAUGCACAGCAUGCUACGAUCAAAGCAGCAAAAACAACCUUCCCCUUCCAGAAAAACUUAAGGGAAUUAAUUCUGUUUUCUUUUGAGCCCUCUGUGCAGAGACAGAAUGAGCAUAACCACUAAAGGUCUUCGCUUCUGAAGCAGGCGGUUGAGAAGUUUAAGCCUCAUCAGAUAUAAAUGUGCUCCUAAUUCUGGUUUAAUUGGGCAGAAGGGAAAUUGUUUCAGGAUGGAAUAAUCAUCAAAAACAAAGUUGCCCCUCUGAAUGUAGGCCUCAAACAAUAACAAAGUUUUAUAAGAAUAUUAUCUGAAUCAAAGCAUCAUGUGCGUAGCUUUCUUUGCGGAAUGUGCUCU